AAGAGCCGGACAGGUGUAUUAACCUGACUGAGAAGCCAAAUGGAGUCUCUCCUGGUGUAUCUGAUCGUCCUCGGCGUGGCUGUGAAGGCGCACAAGGUUCAAAUCUGCCCCAAACGCUGCGUCUGCCAGGUGCUCAACCCCAACCUGGCCACGCUGUGCGACAAGAAGGGGCUGCUGUUCGUUCCCCCCAACAUCGACAGGCACACGGUGGAGAUGCGUCUCGGCGAUAACUUCGUCACCAGCAUCAAGCGCAAGGACUUCGCCAACAUGACCAAGCUGGUGGACCUGACGCUGUCCAGGAACACCAUCGGCUCCAUCGCGCCGCACGCCUUCAAAGACCUGGAGAACCUGCGAGCGCUCCAUCUGGACAGCAACCGUCUCACCCGCAUCACCAACGACACCUUCAGCGGCAUGUCCAAGCUGCACCACCUCAUCCUCAACAACAACCAGCUCACCCACAUCCACAUCGGUGCCUUCAACGACCUGACGGCGCUGGAGGAGCUGGACCUGUCCUACAACAACCUGGAGAGCGCGCCAUGGGUGGCCAUCCAGAGGAUGUCCAACCUGCACACGCUCAACCUGGACCACAACAUGCUCAGCUACAUCCCAGAGGGAACCUUCUCCGGGUUGCAGAAGCUGAAGAGGCUGGACGUGACCUCCAACAAGCUCCAGAAGCUCCCUCCCGACCCCAUCUUCCAAAGAGCCGGAGUGCUGGCUACGUCGGGGAUAAUGGGGCCUUCGUCGUUCGCGCUGAGCUUCGGCGGAAACCCUCUGAGGUGCAACUGCGAGCUGCUGUGGCUGCGGCGGCUGCGGAGGGAGGACGACCUGGAGACCUGCGCUUCGCCGCAACACCUCGCCGGGCGAUAUUUCUGGACGGUUUCGGAGGAAGAGUUCCUGUGCGAGCCUCCUCUCAUCACCAGACACUCUCAGGAGCUGCGAGCGUUGGAGGGCCAGAGCGUGACGCUGCGCUGCAAAGCCCGAGGAGACCCCGACCCCGUCAUCCACUGGAUCGCCCCCGACGGACGCCUCAUGUCCAACUCGUCCAGAGCCGCCGUCCACACCGACGGGACGCUGGACAUCCUCAUCAGCACCGUCAAGGACUCCGGUUCCUUCACCUGCGUGGCCUCCAACCCGGCCGGAGAGGCGCAGCAAACGGUGGAUCUGGUCAUCGCUAAGCUCCCUCACAUCACCAACAACACCAUCGCCGAGCAGGAACCCGACCCCGGCUCGUCGGACAUCGCCACGGUGACCAAGACGGGGGCGGAGGCGGGAGUCGUCCCUCUGGGAAACGCCAAGACGAGCCAGGAGAAGAAAGUGGUGAUCGCCGAGGCCACGUCCACGUCGGCGCUGGUCAAGUUCAACUUCCACAGGAGCAUCCCGGGAAUACGGAUGUUCCAGAUCCAGUACAACGGAACCUACGACGACUCUCUGGUGUACAGGAUGAUUCCCCCGACCAGCAAGAACAUCCUGGUGAACAACCUGGCGGCCGGGACGCACUACGACCUGUGCGUGCUGGCGAUCUACGACGACCAGGUGACGGCGCUGACGGCCACCAGGGUCAUCGGCUGCGUCCACUUCACCACCGAGCCGCAGUACCUCAGGUGCCACUUCAUGCAGUCGCAGUUUCUCGGCGGCACCAUCGUGGUCAUCAUCGGGGGGAUCAUCGUGGCCUCGGUGCUCGCCUUCAUCAUCUUCCUCAUCGUGCGCUACCGGGUGUGCAACCAAGGGGAGGCAGAUAAGGCACUAGAGAUGGGGGAUAUCCGCUCGCUGAGCAGUGAUGGACAGCUACAAGGCUGCGGGAUUCCCAAGUCCCUCUCUAAGCAGGUUCUGCGUCCGGAGAAGAAUGACAAGGAUUGUCUCCGAGUGUCCCUGCCGCCUCCGGAGCCGACGAAGCAGCGACCGCCCGUCGCCGUGGCCUCCACGAAGCCCUCCGUCCCCGACUGCACCGUCUCCACCUCGGCCGGCAGUCACAGCUGGCACCCGGCCUCCCCCGGCGCCCCGAGGCCCAAACGCUUGGAGUCUCGUCGAGCCGAAGCGCAGGUCGACGUCGAGCUCGACAACAUGAACCGGAAUAACUCGUCUGAGGUCAAAAUGGCCAUCGCCAUCGCCCUCACCGUACCCGGCCAGCCCACCAAAUGGACUGCGGUUCCCAGAGGCCCGCGGCCACAGCAAGCCGCUCGGCACUACAUGACUGUGCCUGCAGGGGCGGCCAGGGUGAACCGCAGGCACUCUCUAAACGCAGACUCAUACAGGGAGCGCUGCUACGUGGCCUACCCCAAAACCGGCGCCAGCCUGCGGUCCAAACGCAGCCUGUCGAUGAGCGGCGAGCUGCCGCAGCUCGAGGGCUCGACAAACAUUCACCGGGCCAGAGACAAGCUCUCCAGGUCCGAGUGGCUUCUGGAGAGCACUUUAUGAUUUCAAGUUCUGCGUGGUCUUGUUUUCCUUGGAUUGGAUUUGCGGCCCGUCGCGGAGCAGGCAGGGAUUUUAUGCCUUGUUUUCGAGCUUUGGUGCUCUUUAUGGAGGAACCUGUAAAAGCUUCUCCGGUGUAUCUGGGGGAAGGCAGGCUCACAGGGUUACGGGAAAUGUUUCACAUUUGUUUUCUACCUUAUAACCUAUCAAAGUCUUCUUUAUAACGACGUUUGAUCAAACUUUGAAAGGCACAACGAUGUAUAAACCAAGUUCAUGUACAAAAAUGUUUAGUUGUGUGAGAUACUGUAUAUCUCAGUACAACCUAAGUGUUCAUGUGGUAUUGAAUGCAGUAACCUGGACAUACUGUAUUAUAACAAAGAAAACAUCACGCAGGGGAUGAGGUUAUUAUACUCGCAGUCUCAUUGCCUGUUACUUAAAGUGAUACAAUCUCUGUAGACUCCGAACACGAUUCUUGUCUCCAGCGCUACAGACAGACGGUGACAUGUCUUAAUUACCUUGGCGAUGGUUUGGAGAGAUUACGAAUGUGCUUUACAUCCCAGAGGUGUAGGAACAGAAUGUAGGAGACAGACGCUGCUCCGUGGUUUCAUGCCGACGCUCCCAGACACAGCACAAUGCAGCAUUUUUUUCGUGGCACAGCCUAAUACUGCCCUCCGGUUUGAAUCGAUACAUUUUUAUCACAUAAUUACAUAAAGACUCAGCUCUGAUAGGAUUCCUGUCGUGACCGAUUUGAGUGACAAUUGCAGCGAGCGGGCGACGGCGUGACAGGUGCACGAAGUAAUCAGAUAUCACGUGUGAGCGGGAACACGGUUCAUUUCCAUAUUUUUUACUUACUGACGUUAUCAUGUCACGCCGAUGACAACCAUUGUAAAUUAACUUGUCGAUGUAAGAGAAACGAUAAUCACAAGAAUGGGAGGACGUCCGCUCUUGAUUUUGCUGUUGUUUCUGUUUGAUGUUUACCAGUAUAAAUAAACCAGUGAUAAAAGGGA